GUCUCCUCGUCAAGCCGAAUCUAGUGACCUGCUAGUGACUUCCACUCUUCGCUUCUUUCUCUUUAAGUUGGCUGCGCUGCCGCCAGUGACAUUUCAUCUGUUAUGUAGAAAACGUCAAGAAAUAUGGAAAAUAAAGUUCGUCGAGCACCCAGUCUUCAUGUAAUCAAAAUAAACAGUGAAACGAAGGAAUUCUCAACAUCCCACUGACGUCAAGCACACCGAAUCGCCAGCAACAGUCAAAACCGAGUUCCAUUAAAAUUUACCGUUUUGUUUUGACGUCGACGUAAUGCAACUGUAAAGUAGUGGAUAAUGGUGGUAAUAAGAAAAUGUUAGAGAUUUUGCAAAUGUUUUUGUUCUUGUUCAAGUCGAAGUAUCGGCGAAAAUGUUAUCUCUGGCAGGUUGUGUGUUGUGCAGUUCUGGUAUUGAGUGUGUGCUCGAUGGCUCGAGCUAAAUGUGUCGACCCAAGUUGUAAUGGCAAUGGGGUGUGCAAAAAUGAUACUUGCGUGUGUUACGACGGAUGGCAGGGGCCCCAAUGUCAGUUCUGCGGAGGGAAAGUGCGCCUCGGCACCUCAACCGGCACCAUCCACGACGGCUUGGGUAACUACUCCCUCAGCGUCAAAUGCAGCUGGUUGAUCGACGCCCCCAACACCUCCAUCACCCUCCACCUCGAGGAGUUCGCGACGGAAUGCGGCUGGGACCACUUGUACAUCUUCGACGGCGACAGCGUGGACUCGCCUCUUUUGGCCGUCUUCAGCGGCCUCAUGUACAAGAGCGACUACAGCAUCCGGCGCAUCCCCGAGAUCGUGGCGUACUCCGGCUCCGCCUUGGUGCACUUCUUCAGCGACGACGCCUUCAACAUGUCGGGCUUUAACAUGACCUACCGCUUGAACGCCUGCCCCUCGAAGGUGUCGGGGGUGGACUGCAGCGGCAACGGCAUCUGCAUCGACGAAGUGUGCACUUGCUACGGCGGCUGGACGGGGGCGGCGUGCCACCUGCAGGAGUGCCCCGAUAACUGCGGCAACCACAAGGGCAGGGGGCACUGCGAGCCGGAGUUCGGGUGCCGGUGCGAGAGCGAGUACAAGGGGGACGAUUGCAGCCAGUACGCCCCGAGCGGGUACUGGGAGACGGUGAAAGUGGAGAGCUUCGUGCCGCCGGGGUCGGCGUCGCACGGGGCGGCGGUCUGGAGGGACUCGAUGUAUUUAAUCGCCGGGGAGAGCUACAUUAGGAGGUUCAUGGUUUAUGUAUACGAUUUUAAUGGGAACGUGUGGGAGACGCCCCACAUCUCGGAGGGUCCAUCUCACCGCUACGGCCACUCCACAGUAAUCUACGGUGAUAAAAUUUUCCUCUAUGGAGGUGUGUUGGGUAACCGCGGUCCCACUUCUGAAGUUUGGGCCUUCGAUAUCAAUGCCAAAACGUGGGAAAACAUAACAGUGAAAGCAGUGGCGUGUAAUUCGAGCGUCCUGAUGUGCGGUCCGUUAAAAUCUGCCGGUCAUACGGCUACGGUCAUCGAAAAUCCCACUAACCGGAAAGCCGACAGGAUGAUCGUCCUGUUCGGUCACUCUCCUCACUUGGGGUACUUGAAUACGGUGCAGGAGUACUAUUUCGGUACUCGCGAGUGGCAUAUAGUCACCACUAGGGGGUAUCCGGUUAAGGGGGGGUACGGUCACACGGCCUCGUGGGACUCCCUCACCGGGAAGAUAUACGUGUAUGGGGGAGUGGUGUCGGAGAACGAAUCCGCUCAAGUUUUGAGCAAAAGUCUGUAUUCUUAUGAUCCAAAUAGCAGGGUAUGGAUUUUGUUGAAGGACGCCCCUUCGGCGCGUUUCUUGCAUACGGCGACCUUCAUCUCGGGGGGGUUGAUGCUGGUCUUCGGCGGCAACACCCACAAUGACACUUUGCACAGUUACGGAGCCAAGUGUUACAGUUCGGAGUUCCUGGCGUACGACGUGACGUGCGACACUUGGCAGGUGCUCCAGGUGCCAAAGGACAUUCACGCGGAUUUGGCGAGGUUCGGCCACUCGGCGGUCACUUUCGAGGGGUCCUUGUACAUUUACGGCGGUUUCGACGGGCAGAUGCUGUCCGACAUGCUGAAAUACACCCCCGGGAGUUGCACUUCGUACAUCACCUCCAACGAUUGCUUGAGCAAAAAACCGGGGGUGAAGUGCGUCUGGGAUAUGAGAAGCAACUUCUGCACCGCGAUCCAAAACAUUCCACCUAAGAACUUGACGUCGCAGGCUGACGGCCUCAUCAUCCGCUGCCCCGAACUCAACCGCACGAUGAUCACCCAAAGCGUGAUCCAGAACGAGGGCAGAUGCGAGAAGUUGGAGGAUUGUUUGAGUUGCGUUCAAACGACUAGUGAGUGUGUUUGGUGCGGCAGCGCGUGCAUGCAUAACAAGAAGUGCAGGAACAGUUCAGAGAGCAACAUCUCGAAGUUGGAACACUGUCCCCUGGAUCCAACCCCGAUAUGUAAACAGCUCCACACUUGUUCCGCUUGCACUUCACAACCCUUCUGCAGGUGGCGCUUCGAGCACGCCAAGUGCGUCACCCACCCCUUGCCUUCCAACACCACCGCGACCGCCGCGGAGCCAAUCCAGUGUCAAAAAGUCUGUUCCGAAUACUCGUCGUGUCUCAACUGUACCCAGGAGGAGUGCAUUUGGUGCCAGAACGAGGGCCGCUGCGUCGACAAGAACGCGUACACGGCGAGCUUCCCCUACGGUCAAUGCCGCGAGUGGACGACGGUCGGCAGCAAGUGCCGGAGUCGCGACAGCGGCGAGAACUCCCAGUGCAGCUUCUACUCGACGUGCGCCAAGUGCCGCGACGACCCGGCUUGCGGCUGGUGCGACGACGGUUCCAAGACGGGCCUCGGCGAGUGCAUGCCCGGAGGGUACGCGGGUCCCACCCUCCACACGCACUCGCUGCCGUCGAGCACGUGCCCGUCGGACAGGUGGCACUUCACCACGUGUCCCCUGUGCCAGUGCAACGGGCACGCGAGCUGCGUCGCCAACACGAGCACGUGCCUGCCGUGCAGGAACCUGACGACGGGCAACCAGUGCGAGCACUGCGUCAAGGGGUACUGGGGCAACCCGGUCAACGGGGGCAAGUGCCAGCCGUGCGAAUGCAACGGGCAAGCGACGCACUGCCACCCGGAGACGGGCAAGUGCUACUGCACGACGAAGGGGCUGAUCGGGGACCACUGCGAGAAGUGCGACGCGACGAACCACUACAACUCGGAUCCGAUCAACAAGGAGUCGUGCUAUUACGACCUCACCAUCGACUACCAAUUCACUUUCAACUUGUCAAAGAAGGAAGACCGCCAUUUCACCCAAAUCAAUUUCCGAAACGCUCCCAUAAAAGCCGACAUCGACGCGGAUUUUUCCAUCCAGUGCUCCGUUCUUGCCAAGAUGAACAUAACGAUACGAAGUCGAAAUAACAAAGAGGAGAAACCCAUCUAUGAAGACUUCAAUUGUACAACGUUCAAGACCAAAUUUCCAAAGUCUGAAUAUAACUUCGGCGUCGAAGACAACGUGACUCUAACGACUUUCUACGUCUACGUCUACGACUUCCAGCCGCCGCUGUGGAUACAGAUCUCGUUCUCGCAGUAUCCGAAACUGAAUCUCCAGCAGUUUUUCAUUACUUUUUCUUCGUGUUUCUUGUUGUUGUUGUUGUUCGCCGCCAUUUUGUGGAAAAUCAAGCAGCGCUACGACAUGUACCGCAGACGCCAGCGGCUGUUCGUGGAGAUGGAACAGAUGGCGUCUCGGCCGUUUUCUCAGGUGCUGGUCGAGUUAGAAGUUAAGGAGAAGCUAGAGUUUGAUAACGGUAUAUCGAUGAUCGCCGACUUGAAGCGGAAAAAGCGGGACGCCCCGAGUCCGAUAGCGCUGGAGCCGUGCUACGGCAACAAGGCGGCGGUUUUAAGUCUGUUGGUGAGGUUGCCUACGGGCUGUGAGCCGUACACGGUGAAGGGGCAGUCGGCGGGGUUGGCCAUCGCCAGCGCUUUAGUCACUCUGGGUAACCCCCGGAAGAUGAGCAUCGAUCAAGUCAAAACUGAAACGAAGACGGGGAAGUCGAGGAAAUCGCAGAGUCAGCAUCCAGAUAGUUGUCUUUAGUUGUUUUCAGAUCAUUUCAGGUCGGUGCUGGCGGUUGUCUGCGGACGGGGUGCAGCAGGGAGGUCGGGUCAGCCGCUAUUCGCGGAUCAAAUCUGUGGCGCUACUCGCAAGUCGUACUUAUCGUUGACCGGCUGCAGGCAGGGCUGGCGUCGUUAGGUCGUAGUUUAGUACCUUCAUGUAAAAUUGUGAUACAUAAUUUCCAUGAUAAGUCGGCCAAGUUUGUCCAGUUUAUUGAAUUUUUUACAUAGGAAGCAUGAAAUGACAAUUUAAAUAAUAUUAAACAGAGAAAUAGUUAAUUGAUGUAUCCAGAGCUCAGCACGUUUCAUGUGAAGAGUCCUGUAAUAUUCUUCUAAGUAUUUUGAAGCAAUUUUAGCAAUAUUACUAACUACAUGCUUUUUUAAAUAGUGUUUUUCCCCCCCGUCGUAUAUUUUUUAAUCUAGUUUUGUGUGGUGAGCUUUUUUAAGACAUUUUAUGAGAGACUGAAGAUAUUUAUUGUUUUAUAUUGAUAUUUUUUCAUGUAGAUCUGUUAAAUUUUUGCGUAUUUUUGUUGUAUGUUUUUUAAUAAAUUUCGCUUGCUAUUACGAAGAGGUUAGCUUAUAAAUUGAGUCUUGCACGUUGCAACGUCAGAAGCGUGGUUGUUUCGUGCAACGUUCAAGUGGUUUCAUAUUUUUUUAACUUAAUUUGUUUUUAUGCAUUUUUUUUUUCCUUUUUUGGUAAUGGGUUAAGGACAUUUCUCGUUAAGUUGUACUGAACGGAUCGCCUAGUCCUUGCAUUAAUAUUAAUGCGGUCCUGAUCUCAUUACUUUCAUUUCUCUGAACAGUUAUUGGUGUAGUUUCCACUUUUAAAUCAGAGUCGUUCACUGAAGCAGAAUGGAAAUAACUUUCUCAUUUUAUGUAUUGUUCAUACAGGAACAUAUUUUAGUAAUAUUUUUCCAUUUAUUUACUGCCAUGUACCUACCUUAUUAUGUACAAUUACUUCUAUUGUAAAUAUAUCAUUAGUUAUA